AUGGCAAGAACAAAGCAGACUGCUCGUAAAUCUACUGGUGGCAAGGCCCCAAGGAAACAGCUGGCAACCAAAGCUGCCAGGAAGAGCGCCCCAUCUACCGGCGGUGUCAAGAAGCCCCAUCGUUACAGGCCAGGUACUGUGGCCCUGAGAGAAAUCCGUCGUUACCAGAAGUCAACCGAGCUGCUGAUCAGGAAGUUGCCCUUUCAACGACUUGUGAGAGAAAUUGCUCAAGACUUCAAAACUGAUCUUCGCUUUCAGAGUGCAGCCAUUGGAGCCUUACAGGAGGCCAGCGAGGCUUACCUGGUAGGUCUGUUUGAGGACACCAACCUGUGUGCUAUCCACGCCAAACGUGUCACAAUCAUGCCCAAAGACAUCCAGUUAGCUAGACGAAUCAGAGGAGAGCGUGCCUAA